CGCGACUGCACAGUCAGCAGCCAGAGUCACUUAACAUCGGAGGGACACGCAGAACCCCAGGACAAGAUGAAGCUCAUUAUCCUGGAACACUAUUCGCAGGCCAGUGAGUGGGCAGCCAAGUAUAUUAGGAACCGCAUCAUCCAGUUUAACCCAGGGCCUGACAAGUACUUCACCCUGGGGCUUCCCACCGGGAGCACCCCUCUUGGCUGCUACCAGAAGCUGAUUGAAUACUAUAAGAAUGGGGACCUGUCCUUUAAAUACGUGAAAACCUUCAACAUGGACGAGUAUGUGGGUCUCCCUCGAGAGCACCCAGAGAGCUACCACUCCUUCAUGUGGAAUAACUUCUUUAAGCACAUUGACAUCCACCCUGAAAACACCCACAUUCUGGAUGGGAAUGCACCUGACCUGCAGGCUGAGUGCGAUGCCUUCGAGGACAAGAUCCAGGCUGCAGGCGGGAUUGAGCUCUUUGUUGGAGGCAUCGGCCCCGAUGGGCACAUCGCGUUCAAUGAGCCAGGCUCCAGUCUGGUGUCCCGGACCCGUGUGAAGACUCUGGCCAUGGACACCAUCCUAGCCAAUGCUAGAUUCUUUGAAGGCGAUCUUGCCAAGGUGCCCACCAUGGCCCUGACGGUGGGUGUGGGCACUGUCAUGGAUGCCAAAGAGGUGAUGAUCCUCAUCACGGGUGCUCACAAGGCCUUCGCUCUGUACAAAGCCAUCGAGGAGGGCGUGAACCAUAUGUGGACCGUGUCGGCCUUCCAGCAGCACCCCCGCUCGGUGUUCGUGUGUGAUGAGGAUGCCACCUUGGAGCUGAAAGUGAAGACAGUCAAGUAUUUCAAAGGUCUAAUGCUUGUUCAUAACAAGUUGGUGGACCCCCUGUACAGUAUGAAAGAGAAGGAAACUCAGAAGAGCCAGUCUGCUAAGAAGCCAUACAGCGACUAGCCUGUGCCUGAGGUGGCACUGGGUGCCUCAGAGGGGCAGACAGGUCUUUCUGGAAAUUGUCUGUAGGAGAAUAGAAUUACUUUUCAAUUCACUGUGGUUGCUGCAGGUCCUGGGCUGGGCAUAUGUCCGGGGACUUCAGCUAUGGGGAAUAUUGUUUAUAAGUUUGCUCCUUCUUUUUCAGUUCUGGGUGUUGAACACAGGGCCUUGCACAUGCCAGGCAAGUGCUCAACUAUCUGAGAUAUGUCCCCAACCUUCUACCCCCUUUUCAUGAUUAUUUGUAACAAUCAGAGGUCAUCUCCAUGACUGAAUGUCAUUAUAGACAAGUGAGGACCCUCAGCUUUCCUUUCUGCCCCACAUACAUGGCCAGCACACUCCGGCAAGAAAUCCUAUCUGUAUGUGCUCUCUCUCUUGAGUGGACAGGGAUUAGGGCUUGUGCACUUUGGACCAUAACCUUUUUGGAGUCUUGGAAGCCCCCCUUCUGCAUCCUUGCCCACUGAGAAUCCGUUUUAAAGAAUACACUUCCAGAACCUGAAUUAUGCACAAGGAAGCAGCCCUUCCUGCCAGAACCAAGCACCUUCAGAAGCCCUUCCCUUGUUCGUGUUGUGUGGAUGUUCUUUUCCCUGUUGGGAGUCAGCCUUUCUGUAAAUAGGCUUUCUGGGUAGGACUGGGCAUGAAGGCUAAGGUGGCUUUCCCAGAUAAACUCAAAGUUUCCAAAGGCCAGCCAUGUCUUGUUCUCUCUCAAGAUUCCCACAAGAGAAAGAUGGAAGCCCUGUUUCCCGUCAGAGCUGUUUUCUCAAAGGCUUCUUAGACACUCCCUUGGAUAAUAGACACAGUCAUGGCUUCAGUGUUUUUCACCCAAGGUGGAGACCUGGCCUCUGCACACGCAUGUGCUGAGCUCUCCUGCGUCCUCAGAGCUGAGUGCCAAGGUUACACACACGCUAGUACUGUCUCCUAGCUUAAACCACCCUGUCAUUCCCACCUCUCAGGUUUUUAAGGCUUCCUCUAAUGUUCUCAGAGUACCAGAAAUGCAAACCUUCUACCCCCUUCCCAGGUUCCUCUGCUUGGCUUGUCUGUAUCUCUGGUCUUAGUGGUGUGGUCGGUGCCUCCUCCUCUUUGCGCCUGUCUGAAGCUCCAGCUGCCUGUUUCCAGGAGAGGUUUUCAGAUCCUGGCCCAAGCCCUCUAGAAGUACUGUGUUUGGUACCAGCAUUUCGUUUGUAGUUUUUAUAUGUGAUUGUGAUGUCAUUCUGUAUUAAGCUAAAGGAUCAAUGGUCUUGUUUACAAUGUGAUAUUUUCUAUUAAAUCUAAUAUUUUCAAAUAAAA